CCACAUGAAUAUGAUGAACCUACAUAUCUACUGUCUACAUAAUAUAUAUACACUGUUAAAAAUAAAGAUAGACAAUAAAAGACAAACAAAAUUAGGAGCCAUGGAAACAAGAGAAGAGAAGAAAAAAGAAAUCCAUAGAAUUACAAAAUCUUCGUCAACUUGUUUUCAUGGCGAUGAUAUAGCGGGUAAUGGAGUAUCUUCUGAUAAAUAUAUUCCCAUUGAUCUGACGAGGGAGAUACUAAUCAGAUUGCCUGCAAAAUCUAUCGUGAGAUUUCGUUGUGUAUCAAAACUAUGGUGGUCUAUAACCACCCAACAAGAUUUCAUCAAUUCAUUUGUGACUCGACAAUCAUCAAUUCCGCGUCAGAGUCUUCUUCUUACCUUUAUGGCCAAGGAUGAUCAGCAGAAGCAAGUCUUCUGCAUCUUCUGCAUAUUGUCAUUUCAUGAGAACUCUACGAAUUAUUCUGAUGUGAACCAUUUUCAUAUCAUGCACCCUACAAAAGAUUGUCAAUACGACUACUAUAAUGCUUCUGUCAAUGGCUUGGUCACUUUCAAAACCGAAACGGGUAUUGUAAUCUGGAACCCUACCAUAAAAGAACAUAUAACCUUGCCUCAACCUAAAAUCUCUAAGCACGUAAGAUGUUUUUUAGGAUAUGACCCUAAGGAAAAUACAUAUAAAAUACUAUCGAUUGAUUUUUGUAAGACAUGGGAAAAAUAUCAAAAACAUAAGAUUCUUACAUUAGGAUCUCAAGAAUCAUGGAGGGUGAUAACAAAUAGCCCUGAUCAUUAUCCUAGACGUGGGUAUUAUUGCAUCAACGGAGUUGUUUACUAUAGAGCAUAUAUAACCUACGAAGAAUAUCAUAAAAUUUACCCUCCGUUUAUCAAAGAAAUCGAGCUGGAUAUGAGAUUGAACGAGAUCAUUAUGAGUUUUGAUGUGAGGUCUGAACAGUUCAAAUCAAUUGAAUUACCUGCUCGUGCGAACCAAUAUGAAUCAAAGCUUGAUGAAUCUCUGAUGACUUACCAAGGAAAAUUAGCAUGGGUUUGCUAUAAUUCAAAUAUGAUCAAAUUAUGGGUUUUGCAAGAUCUUGAAAAACAAGAAUGGUCAAAAAAUGAAUUUGUUUUACCUAAUUUGCCUCAAAGAGAUUUGCUUGGGAGUGCUAAGUUAAGUGGUGCCACUAGUACUGGUGAGUUUAUCUAUGUAUCGGGAAAAUAUUUCAAAGACAUUUCGGUUUUUUAUUACGAUCCGGUGAGAGAGACUAUCACAAGUGUCAAUGGACUUGAAUAUGAGAAAUUUAGGUCCUGUUAUGGAUCUAAUAACGAUGAGAUGGCUUGUCUCCGAUCUUAUCCGAAUCAUAUUGAAAAUCUCAUGUCUCUAAGGAACAUCAUGUGUUCACCUAUUGUGUGAUUAUGUCUUUCAUGUGUUUUAGGUUUUGUUGUAAUCUUUUUUUUUUCCUUUUAAUCUCGUCUUCCGCAUUAUUCAUACAAUAUUAAAAUUAUUGGUGA